AUGAAACUAUCCUUUGAAUCUAUGGGAAUUGGACUUGCUUGGUUGCUGAGCUGGUCAAGUAGUCCGUCUAGCGCUAAAGAUACAUCUGUGAUAAGAUGGUGGCAUGAAUGUGCCAAGGUAGAAAGUGGCCAUUGGCUUGCUCGUAGCGCAAUUGUCUAUGAGUCCGAACGCUUGUGUCCAAACUUAGACACCAAGGAUCUAGCAAAGCUUAAUGGUCCGGAGGGCCGAGCACUGAAGCGGUACAUACAAUACUGGAAAGAGAUACUAAAGACGGGACCGGUAGGACCUUCUGGCACUCAACAACUUGUUGCAAUCCUAGAUAAUUGCCAGCGGAUUUCUAGUCCUCAUUUCGACUCUUGUCCUAUUGAUCUUGAGAAGUACUCUUUAUCGCAGGCACUAAUUGAGAUUGCUGACAGCCUUAAAGAAUACCAGGCUUUAAUCCAAGCUUAUGCUCAAAAGCUUACAAUGGCUGGCAGUGCGCCUAAUGGGUACUAUCUUAAGCAUUUAUUUGAAGUUGCCAAUAGCGAACAAUUUGGUGAUCAGUACAAAAUAUCCACUGAUGAUAUCCGUGGCUUUUUCAACGAUUUUAUCACUAUCAAACAAUAUACAUGCAACUUUAAUGAUUUAACCGAAAAUGAUAUCGAAAAAGCCGUUAGAAUUUGGAAGGAAAUUGUUGAAAAUCCCGAUCGGCCGCCAGCAACCAACAAGACUUUUUGUGUCGAGAAACAACUUAGACACUUCUUGUAUCGUGUAAUGAAAGGCCAGUUAUUUGCCUUGAACUUUUUAGAUCUUCCUAAAAGUCCUAUCGGGAGAUAUUGUGAGUUCCAAGUUAAUUCUGAACAGAAGAUAGUAUUUGAGUCCUUUUUAGACCUAAAGAUGCUUGAUCUCAUGACAAGCCUGCCGGCUAAGGACGCAGCCCAGAAGAUCUACCGAGUUCUAAAAAGCAUUAGCGACUCGCCCUAUUGGGUAAUCUGGAAUGAGCAUGUAGACAAAGUGCAGAAUCACUUGGAUAAUCUCCAUAGGUCUCUAAGCACCGCUGGUACUUAUGAUGUCGCUGCCACCGAUCAUCCUAAGCAACGGUCCGAUGCUCUGAUGGCCAUAUCAGAUCAUGCCCAGGCGGUCUUAACUAAUGUGUACCACUUACGAGAUAAACUUGUUGAAUCUUUAGCGGUGCAUCCUAACAAUACCAAUAGCAUUCAUAGUUGUGUGGACUACCUCAUUACUAAACCCAACCCAGACUUAACCCAAUCCCCCAGUAACACUAUAAGUGAAAGCACCACCCUCAACGAGCUUAUUUCUGAGUCUAAUGGGCCUAAUAACGCCAGCCACAACUACGAUGAAGUCUCUGGCUCUUGCACACCCAGCGGUGCCGCUAUUGAAGAGCCCAUUACACAAAACCAAUGCACAACCUCUUCUCUUUCCAGUCCUAACAACACAACCAGUAAGACUACCCCGCCAGAUCCAGAAGAAUCUCCCGAAUCUAACAAUGACCCAACAAGUAAGACUACCCCGCCAGAUCCAGAAGAAUACCCCGAAUCUAACAAUGACCCGACAAGUAAGCCCCGUAAAUCUGAUCCAGAAGAAUAUCCCGAAUAUAACAAUAACCCAACAAGUAAGCCUCGUAAAUCUGAUCCAGAUGAAUCACCUGAAUCUAGCAAUAGCCAGACAAGUAAGACUAGUAAGUCAGAUCCAGAAGAAUAUCCCGAAUCUAGCAUUAGCCAGACAAGUAAGACUAGCAAGUCAGAUCCAGAAGAAUAUCCUGAAUCUAACAGCCAAACCGAAUCUAGCACCCACUCCAGCACCACUCAGCCCAACCCUAAUACUAAUCCAGCAGACAGUGUCUCUAUCAGCCUUAGGGUUGUCCUCAACUUAAUCGUUUUAUAUUUCGGCAUGAGUGGCUUAGUCUGUGUCACACUCUCCUGCCUAUUAUAA